AUGGCCGCGGCGCCCGCCCGCUGCCCCGACUGCCCGGGGCCGGAGCCGGGGGGCGGCGGCGGGACCCCCGCCGUGCCGCACCUCGGCAUUGCGGUGGACGAGGGGGACGUGCUGCCCGGGGCGCUGCGGAUCGUGCGGCGGCUGAGACCCGCCUGGGAGCCGGCCACGGUGAAGACCAAGCUCUUCACCGACGGCAUCACCAACAAGCUGGUGGCCUGCUACACGGCCGAGGGCAUGGGGGACGCGCUGCUGGUGCGGGUGUACGGCCGGAAAACCGAGCUGCUGGUGGACAGGGAGACGGAGCUGAGGAAUUUCCAGGUGCUCCGAGCCCACGGCUGCGCCCCCGACCUCUACUGCGCCUUCCAGAACGGGCUCUGCUACCAAUUCCUGCCGGGAAUCGCGCUGGGACCCCACCACGUCAGGGAUCCCCACAUCUGCAGGCUGGUGGCCCGGGAGAUGGCGCGAGUCCACGCCAUCCACGCCAACGGGAGCCUCCCCCGGCCCAUCCUGUGGCAGAAGCUGCACAAAUACCUCGGCCUGGUGAAGACGGAGCUCAGCCCAAAGGUAUCCGACCCCAGCCUCCCGCAGGACGUGCCCAGCCCCGCGGCGCUGGAGCAGGAGCUGGCCUGGAUGGAGGAGACGCUGCCGCAGCUGGGCUCCCCCGUGGUGCUGUGCCACAACGACCUCCUGUGCAAGAACAUCAUCUACGACAGCACGCGAGAGCGCGUGCGCUUCAUCGACUACGAGUACACGGGGUACAACUACCAGGCCUUCGACAUCGGGAACCACUUCAACGAGUUCGCAGGUGUGAAGGAGGUGGAUUAUGGCCUCUACCCCAGCAAGGAGACGCAGCUGCAGUGGCUGCACUCCUACCUGCAGGCCUACAAGGAGCUCACCCAGGGCCACCCAGGGGACAGCCAGGUGUCCCCGGAGGAGCUGGAGAUGCUCUACGUGCAAGUGAACAAGUUCUCCUUGGCCUCCCAUUUCCUCUGGGCCUGCUGGGGCCUGAUCCAGGAUAAAUAUUCCACCAUAGACUUUAAUUUCUUACGAUAUGCAAAGUUAAGGUUUAAACAAUACUUCAAGAUGAAGCCGGUGGUCACGGCCCUGCAGCUCCCCAAGUAGGGACCACCCCGAGCUCUCCUGUCCUGGCCGUGCCCUCGCGCCCCCCUGGCCCCUUGCCCGGUCCUGCCGGUGCCAGGGGGGACAAGAGGAGCUCUGCCCCGGCCACCACUGCUGCCAGGAGAGCCUGGCCACCCCCAAGACUGGACCAUGAGAUGCUGGAGAGGACCAGAGCCCCGGCGAGGCCCCAGCCCACGCCAGGGAGCCUCACCACCGCCUUAAGGCCGACCCGGUGCCCGGCAGGUCCGUGCCGCGCUGGCACCGCUGCUGCUGCCGGAACCGGCACCGCCCGCUCCCCCUGCGCUGUCCCCGAGGGGGACACGGCGUCACCCUGGCCACUCAGGAGCCCCCAGAGCUCUGCCCGCUCACCUUGGCUGUCCCCUCCUGCCCUGCUGGGUGCCACCCCAAAGCAGCGCUGUCCCUGCCGGCCCCGGGCACGGGACCGCUGUCCCUGGUGGGUGGCAGCUGUGGGCAGAGCUCAGGGCCAGCCCUGAGCCACUGGCACCAGCGGGGCGCUGCUGGUGGGCUCGGGGGGCCGUCCCCCCGUGCUCUGCGUGUCCCCACAGCUGCCCCUGCCUGGCCCCACUGUCCCCGUGGCCUGGUGGCUCCCCAGCUCUGCCCCCAGGGGACAUCCAGGGGCUGUCCUGCCUGUCCCCACCCCUGUCCUCUGUCCUGCCUGUCCCCACUGCUGUCCUCCUCCCUGCACCGUGUCCCCACACCUGGCAGGAGGUGGCACGGAGCUGCCCCGCUUCAGGACUGGGCACAGGGACCUCUUGUGCUAUCCCCCUGGGCUGUGGGGACACGGUGACUGUCCCUUCUCUGGGCUCAGGGAUGUCCCCCAGAGCCCCGUGUCACCCCCAAUUCUGUGAGGACACAGUGACUAUCCCUUCCCCGGGCUCAGGGACCUCCUGUGCCACCCUGGGCUGUGGGGAAAUGGUGACUGUCCCUUCUCUGGGCUCCAGGAUGUCCCCCAGAGCCCCGUGCCCUGUCCCAGGCUGUGGGGACACAGUGACUGUCCCUUCUCUGGGCACAAGGAUGUCCCCCACAGCCCUGUGCCACCCCAGGCUGUGGGGACACAGUGACUGUCCCCUCUCCGGGCACAGGGACCUUCACCAGAGCCAUGUGCCACCCUCCCUGUGGGGACACGGUGACUGUCCCCUCUCUGGGCACAGGGACCUCCCCCCAGCAGAACCACGGCUGCUGGCACGCCCGUGGUUGUUUUGGUGGGAAAUAAAAGCUGCUGGUAGCUGGAAUUUGGGAAUUUGGGGCUGGUGGAUCUGGUGGGGGGGCCAGUGCCGGAGCAGGGGCAGCACCCCCAGGCUCUGGGGGUGCUCCUGUCCCUUCUGUACCCCGAGAUGUCCCCGUGGACAUGACCCUGGUGGAGCCCAGGCCCCGCUCUCUGCUCCAAAAAGUCACUUUUAUUGUGCCAAGGGCCGGGGGGAGGAACGACUGUAAACAGGGAUGUGACAUAUACAGGUUAAGUUACUCGUGGUCUUAUUAACAAAAUAAAGCUCUAUCUAUAUUUACAA